AAUUCCCUCGAUUCCUUUUUUUUUUUUCUGAUUUUUCAUUCUCCCUUCUCCUUCUUCCGAUUUUGUCUCCGUUUCUGCCUUUUUCCGCUACUUCUCUCUUCAUUCCUACUGUUUCUUUUUUCCUCUCACUUUGAAGCUGGUUUAGGGUUUUUUUUUUUUUUUUUGGUUCUCCCCCCCUGUUUUUAGUUUUAUGGUUCUUGGCGGUCAUUGCGGUGGAAUCAUUGACAUACUAUGUGAUCUCUUUGCUAAUGACUUUCGUCAUAAGUUAUUCUGUUGACUAUCGGGGUUUUUCGUUGUUUGUUAAUCGUUAUUCUUGUUUUGUUUUUAAGAUUUUUUAUUGUUUGGGUGGUUUAUUUUUGUUGGGAUCAUUUUUGGGAAGGGGAUUUUUAGACUGCUGGAAGAAUGUUCGUGCAUGCAGAAUCGAUUAACUGUAAAGCUUGUGCAUCACUGUUGUAAGUUGAGGGUUAAUGUGAAGAAAAAAGAUUUGGAUAUUGUAUGUGUCCAAAUCAUUGUUUGAUCGGGUCAGGUGGUCAACAAAAAUGACAGGGUUUGGUUAAAUUUGGUGUCGUGAGAGCCUUGUGGUUUAGGUUUGAGGUCGUUUCUGAAUGGUGGUUGUUGUUGUUGUUUUUUUUUUUAAUUUUUUUUUAAUUUUUUUUUUUAUUUGGUAUUGUUUUUGUUACCAAACUCAAUGAUUUCUCAUUAUUGGUUUGCAUUGUUGGAGUGGAUUGUGUACUUUAAGGCAGUUUGACAUUAUUGUAACCUAUUCUUGUGAAUCUCUUCAUCAAGUUAUAAGCAGACCAGAGUAGUUGCUGUUUCUUGACAUAGCUCAAAGCUCUUUGCAUCUGAAAGUUAUAUGGUUUCGUCAUUCAACUUAUAUUUGGUGCACUGAACUGCUUUCCUUAGUCCCAAACUAUCCAUCUCCGGUAAUUUGCAUUCAGAUCCUGCAGUGGAGGAACAGUGCUGGAUAGAGUCUUUAAGAAUGUCAAGUGGACCGAUGAGAAGAGUCUCACGCCAAGAUAUUCAGUUGGUGCAAAAUCUUAUUGAACGAUGCCUUCAGCUAUACAUGAACCAAAAGGAAGUUGUGGAGACACUGCUGAAUCAAGCUAAAAUUGAGCCUGGUUUUACAGAACUUGUUUGGCAAAAACUUGAAGAAGAGAAUCGUGAAUUCUUCAGGGAGUAUUAUCUGAGAUUAAUGGUGAAGCGUCAGAUAGUUGAAUUCAACAGGUUGCUUGAGCAACAAGUUCGGAUGAUGCAAAUACAGGAAACUGGAGCUACUCCAUUACCCACUUCCAAUGGAUCGCUAGUCCAACAAAUGCACCAGAAUCCAACAUAUUCGGUAUCUUCACUGAAGCAGAAUAAUGUGCAGCAUCCUUUUGGUAACAGCAUGCCUAACAAUGCAUAUCUCAACGGUGCUAUGUCAUUGCAUUCGAGAAUGCAUCCCACAGUUGACAUGUCUGCACAUCCAAGUAGGAUCGAAGCACCACCGUCUAUACUACCAACCCAAAGCUCGAACAUAGGGUUGAAUGGUAGGACAAUAAAAUCUGAAGCUGGAUAUUCAGGAAAUUCCUCUUAUAUGUUUGGUGGUGUUGAUAGCAAUGUAGUGGAACCACGCCAAACAAUAGGCGAUGUAUCGGUGGCACCUUUCUCUGGCAUGGAGUCCAAUGCUCAAGCCAUGAAUGAACCACUCCUGGAACCAGAUACUUCCUCUUUUGGAUUUCUUGGUCAGAUCCCUCGGAAUUUCAGCCUAUCAGAUCUAACAGCCGACUUUUCGCAGAGUUCAGAUAUACUGGAAAGCUAUGCCAGAUCUCCUUUUCUAGCUACAGAAACCGACAACUUCAUGGAUAUUCGUCAUAGAGAACACCAAGAAGACAAUAAAAGGUCAUUGGAUACCAUAUCAGAAGGCUUGAGUUAUGAGGACUUUGGAAGUGACUCAUGAAAUCAUAUUCUCUGUUUGAUUAGAUUAAGGUCUUUAUUUUAUUUUGGAGGAAAGGGGGGUUUGACUAAUAAUGUUUGGGAAGUUUCAAACUGAAAAUGCAUCAGAUUUGGGGUUUUCUUAUAAAAAAAAAAGCAAAUGGAAGAAAAGCACAAGCUUCUGAUUAUACUGACAUAAAAAUGUGUAGUGGUAAAAGCUUUGAGUCGACUUCAGAAAUGUAUGUAAAGUCAUGAUUUUCUUUUUAUCAAGUUUGGUUUUGGCCUCCAUUAAUGAUCUUUUGGUAGGAUUUGUUAGCUGUCUUGGUUCGUUUUUUUUUUUCUUAAAUCUUUGGUCAAAAUUAAGUGUAACAAUAUUUAGAUGACGUUUUCGUUUGUUUUGUUUAGCUUAUGAUUUGAAUUAAUCAAAUAGUUUGGUGCCUUUUGAUCUCAAAUUUCAACUAUUUUAAUAUACAGAUUCCUUUUGCUUU